AUGGCUACAAUCUACAGGACAGCGCAACGUAUGGCUCACGAAUCACCAGUCAUCUUCUGGUCACUCGCUAUUGGAUUUGCUGGCCCAAUCAUGGUGCUGACAGUACCUCCAAUCAGAAAAUCAUUCGGUUACAAACAAGCUGAACGAAUCCCUACUACCUUCCCAGUCCCAAAUCGACCUCGUCGCGCAGUCAGCGGGUAUGAAGAUCCAUAG